ACUUCGGGAGCGAGGGAAGUCUUGUCGAACUUUCGACCAAUUUUUUAUUUAAUGGGUUUAUGCGGGUUAUAGUUAUUUUAACCUCAAAGAAAGGAAUUCUCUGGUCAGUGCCGCUUCAUUUUUUAUUCGUUUUAUUUUCCGUAUUCAGUAUGUACGUGUCAAGCACACGAUCAGUGUAUCUCAUAAACUCAGGUGUGUUAUUUCCACCAAGUGCAAUUCUUCGCAGCUCUUCGUUUUUGCUCUGCUCGUUACCGUUCCUGUCCGGUGAAACUCCAAAAGGGCACCUUUGAGGCCAAGUCACUAAAACCCAUCUAUAACUGUCAAGGUUCCUUGGUCAUUAACGGAGUAAAUCAAAGAACAAAAUCUGACUUUCAGUCAGUUGGUUUUGAACUACAGUUAACACAAAGAGCCAAACUAAUGGAGUCCUUACUCGUUGUAACUUCAGAAGAUAAAAAACAAAUCCUCAAAUACUAUAAUGUCACUGAGAAUAACAUAAAAGAAGACGUAGCAAUUAUUCAAACAUGGAAAGAAAAACAACCACAUUUGCCUCCAACAUUGUCAGACGACUUUAUUGAAAAAAUCCUCUUGAGAAAUAAAUGUCGUGUGGAACGAACUAAACAGAAGCUGGACAACUACUAUUCGCUUAGAGGCCACAACAAAAACCUUAUUCGUGAUUUUGAAUCUAUUGUGCCGUCAAAACAUGUGACAAUUUAUUUGCCUAUGCCCAAUUUAACGCCGAACCUAGAACGAAUCGUUAUUAUGAAGAUAAUGAAUCCAAGUCCUAUCGCAUAUGACAUAUAUGAAGUAAUUAAGGUCAAUUUGGGAAUUGAAGAACUUUCUUUGCAGCAUGAUUAUUCUGUUGGUAUUCGUUACCUCUUCGAUUUUAGCGGAUUCACACUAAACCAUUUGUUGAGGAUAAAUCCUCUACCACUUGGCAAGCACAUCAAUUUAAUAGAAAAAGCCUAUUCGCAAAGAAUAUUAGGACUAGAACUCAUUAACUUCCCUUCCUUUGCUAACAAAAUUCUAGCUCUGAUGAAGUUAGUGUUGAGGCCCAAAAUUUAUGAAAGAGUAAGAAUUCAUGAAAAUAUGGAAUCUGUGUACAAAGUAAUACCGAAAGAAUGCCUUCCGUUUGAUUAUGGUGGAACGUUGACGCCCAUUGCUGAGCAAUUAAAAAAGUGGGAUCAGGCUAUAGAAGACCAUCAUGAUUUUUUUGUGGAAAAUUACAAUAACGUUUCUAUGGAGCAUUUACGACCUUUGGAAAGUAAACCAAAUGAAUGUUUUGGGGUAGACGGUACUUUCAAGAAUCUAGCAAUCGACUAAAAUUCGCCCGAUGAAGAAAGUGGAAGAUUUUUAUAAUUACUACAAAUUUCAAAAGACGUAUAUUAGUCGUCAAAAUAGUGCAUUCAAUAAAAGUAAAAGAUUCUUGCAAA